AUGAUCAUUCCAGUGAGAUGUUUUACGUGUGGAAAAGAAAUAAGUUCUAGAUUUGAAGAAUUUACACAAUUAAAAGAAAGUAACAUGAGAGCAGGAGAAGCAUUAGAUAUACUUGGGAUGAAAAGAUAUUGUUGUAGAAGAAUGUUUUUAGGACAUGUAGAUUUGAGUGAAAGACUAUUAGAGUUUGAGACUACAAACAAAAAUACAGAAUCUAAUUUAUAA